AUGUUCGCUCUACGUAUUGUGCGCAACACGAUCGUUUGUGUUGCUAUGUGUAGUGCUAUCUGCCAGCUUCAGUGUUUCAACGGUCUAUGUCCUCGUUCUAGUUCGCGAUGCUCAUACUGGCCUUCGUUCCCCAUAGAUCUAUGUGCCGACUGCAGAACACGGAAUCCUCGGUGGUCGUCUUUUAAUUUGGGCAUCUUUUUAUGCGUCAACUGUGCCAGUAUUCAUCGGAAGAUGGGCACCCACAUUAGCAAAGUAAAGAGCCUGACAUUGGACUCGUGGACGAAGGAGCAAGUCGAACACAUGCGUCAAAUAGGCAAUAUCAAGUCGAACCAAUUGUUCAACCCGGAUGAAGUACGCAACCCACCCCCCACCAACAUGGUUGAUUCCGAACGCGACUCUGAACUCGAAAAAUUCAUCCGUGAUAAAUACGAGUACAAGCGUUUCCAGUCCCGUUCAGCCAGUGUCGCCGCUCUCCUAGGUCCCUCUAGAUCCGCUGCCUCUAUGGGCUCUUCUUUGCCAGGUUCUUCCGCACCACCAACGUCGUCAUUGUCCACUUCGCAGGUUUCUCAGCCAAAUCGCUCGCAGACAGCUCCGCUCGCCGCUCCAGGAACGCAAUCGUCUAUGCCUUCCAGGUCUCCUCAACCGCCACCUGUGCGAGCUUCGACAGUAUCUGUCCCUCCCGUCCAGCCACAGCUGCAACCACAGCAGCCACAACAACCACAGCAACCAGCCGGUGGUGUGUGGGGCGACAUCGCUGCUCUGCAGUCGGGGCCUAGCAUCGGUGGUGUGCAGAAUUCCACGCUCCCCUUACAGUACAUACCACCGCAAUCCCAACCAAUGUCAAUACCAUCCUCGACGAAUCCCUUCCCGACUCAGAACGGAUCUUACCUUGGCGCAGGCGGGGGCCUUGGGGGCACAUCUAUCAGCCCCGGUAUGGGCAUGGGGUCCGGCAUGCCCAACGGGCUCGGUACCUCACCCUUCCAGCCGCAGAUGCAAAUGCCGCAACAGACAGGCUUCAUGACGUCGCCCCCCUCUUUCCCAUCUGGCGUAGGCAAUCCGUUCGCACAAAUGGCUGCUCAACCGCAGCAGAUGCAGCAAUCAUUCGGUUCCAUGCCCUCGUCCUUUACCAACACUUCUUCUCCCUUCAAUCCAUCGCCGUCUCCCUUCGCCCCUUCCCAAACACAAUCGGCUCCCUUCAAUCCACAACAACAGACUCCAUCAUACAUGUCUCAACCCGCUGCGAACCCGUUCUCGCAGAUGAACGGUGCCGGCGGUUCUAUGCAGAUGCAUCAGAAUGUGCCGCAGAUGUCCUUCAACGCCUCGCCUUCGCCGUUUGGCGGCAUGAACCAGAUGGGAGGUCUGUCAAGCCCCCCUCCUUUCCAACAACAGCAGGUGCAGCAGCAACCAAUGUUUGGCGCUCCACAGGGACAAGCGAAUGGGGCGGGAGGAGGGCAGAAUCCUUUCACGAGCUGGGUGAAGGCGCCACCUUCACAGGGAUACCCAGGAUCGGCCCAGACGGGACCGUGGGGAUCCAUGUGA